AGUGAAAGCUACACUAAAUGCCCACAUCUCUCCAAGUAUGGCUGCUAUUCACUGUAUAUCAACAUCUAUCUCAACAUAAUCAAGUAAUUCUUGCACCAAUGCCAUGAAAUCCACCAUUUUUCUCUGAGCACAAAGCCUCAGAUCUUGUGAAAGAAGAAGCAGAAUGACAAAGUUUGAGCAGUUGCCGGAGGAUGUGGUGGCAGAGAUCUUAUCAAGGCUGCCUGUCAAGUCCCUUCUGCAGUGCAAGUCAGUGCGCAAGAACUGGUGCACUCUCAUUCAAAACCCAUCUUUCAUUGCAAAGCACCACCACAAUCCCAACAAUGCCCCACUUUCCUUCGUUCACCAUUACUCUCUCGACGCCAUGAAAUCUGGGUUUUCAUUGUUCCAUGAACAAACCCAAUUCCUCGCCUCCCAUUCCUACCAAGAUUACACCAAAACUCGGGCUUCCGUGUGGGAAAUAAACGGCCCGCUAAACGGGCUGUUUUCUCUGUACAAUGAUGAAGAAGAGGUGACUCUUUGGAACCCUGCUACUAGGGAGGCCAAAUCUCUCCCAGUUUCAUACCCACCAGUUUCUGCCUCGUUUCGUAUGAAUUCUUAUAAAUUAGGAUUUGGGAUGGACCCAUCAAGCGGCGAAUAUAAAGUUGUUUGGAUAAGGGACUAUUGGGAUCCAAUCUUGGAUGGUUGGCAUUCAUCUUCAAUUAUUUCAGUUUAUACACUCACCACUGAUUCCUGGAAACACUCUGAAGAAUUUAAGAUCUGCAGCCGCCUAAUCGGUAAGUCUUGUUGUAACACAUACUUGGAUGGGUUUUACUACUGGAGAGCAAACAACAAUGGGAAGAUCAUUUCAUUCGACAUGGGGAAUGAGGUUUUUGGGGAGAUCCAAACGCCAGAAACGUUCAAAUCCACGCAGGGAGAUUUGGCUUUGUACAAUGAUUGUGUUGCUAUGUUUCUGUAUGAAUCGAUGAAUAUGCAGACAGGCAUUGAUGUAUGGGUUAUGGAUAAGGAAAUGUGUUGGACCAAAAUGGCGAUUCUUGGACCCUUUUCGAAUAUCAAGAGGCCGCUGGGGUAUGGGAAAAAUGGUGAAGUUUUUUUAGAAAUUGUGAAUUCGGAAGUGCACAUGUAUGAUCCUAGGAUCAAGGGAAUCAGGGCUCUUGGACCUAGGAGAAAAGGAUAUUCUUUACAGGCUUCUGUAUUCAAGGAGAGCUUGGUUUCAGUCAAGAGUCUGGUUGCUCAGAAGUGA